UGAGUGAUUUUUUCUUUUUAUUAUAUAUAAAAAAAAAAAAAAAAAAAUCUUGAUCGAGUUUGACUUCCAAUUUCCAACAUAUCUGAGUUAACAAAGAAUGACAACAAAUGAUUGGAUUUUGUUCCAAUCAAAGGUAAACAAAGACACAACAUAUCAUCAUAUCAUACACAUUGACAAUUCAAUCCUUACCUUAAAAAUUAAACCCACGUGCGUUUUAAACUUUGACCUCCUUGUGACUUUCAGAACCUUUUUAGUCUCUCUCUCUUUACAACCCGUAAAAUUGCCCUAAACUAAUUUCCCCUUUUUUCUCUCUCUUCCCGCUUUCGCGAUAACUCUGAUUAAGCAGCUCAUCUAAUUUUCUACUUUCAUUUUCAUCAAAUUUCUGCAUUCUUCUUAACUUAUUCAGUAUUCUGGGUUUAUUCGACAACACUGUUGUUCUUGCUCGAUGGCUGAUCCAAUUAGAAGAUUAGGGUUUGGAAUUUUAAUAAUAGACGCUGUUUCUUUUUGAAGUGCGAUUUAUAAUUUCUGUGGAAUUAGGGUUUUAAUUUUUGAUGGUUGUAAGAAAUAUGGAAAUCAAAAUGCCGGGUGAUCGGCGUUUUGAUAGGAUUGACAUAUUAGAGAUCAAAAUUCAGAUUUGUAGGAAAGUAGGAAGUCAGAGGGCUGAGAAGUACUUUGGUCUGUUGGACAGCUUUUUUGGCCUCAAAAUCGGUAAGUCCGAGUUUGAUAAAAGCUGCAUUGCUGCAAUUGGGCCGGAAAACAUUAGCCUGCACAAUCGCCUGAUUACAUCCAUUCUUAAGAAUGCUUGUCAAUCAAAGACACCUCCCUCGAAAAGAAGCAAAUUGGAGAGUCCCGUUGUUGAUAAGGUUGCUAAUGGGUAUCAAAGAAGUUGCCUUCAAUCUCUCUGUAGGGAUGUGUUGCCAUUGUCUCCACGCAAAGGAAGGACUCCUUGUUUCCGUGAUCGUAAAAGCAAGGACCGUCCCAGCCCACUUGGCCCUCAUGGGAAGCCCAAUGCUGUUGAGGCGUGUAAGGAUUUGGGCCAUAAGACUCUAGAGCAGCAAAGUGCUACAGAGUUGCUGUCUUUAGGUAGCAGACCUAUUGAGGUCAACUCCGUGGAAGAUGGGGAAGAAGUUGAUCAGGCAGCAAUUAGCCCGGGAAUUCACAGCAGGAGUCCUGUCACACCACCUCUAGGAAUUCCUUGGAAUGGAAAAGGAAACCGGAAAGUUAUCAGCAGUUUAUCAUCGUCUAGUUUAUCAUCUUCUAGAAUUCCUGUUGAAUCGUGUCAUGGAGUUGGCGAGCUACCCAACACAAGCUCUUUAAGGAAGCGAUUGGAGCAGAAAUUGGAAAAGGAAGGGUUGAGCAUUUCACUGGAUUGUGUGAAUCUGUUGAACAAUGGGUUGGAUAGUUACUUAAAGAGGUUGAUAAAGCCCUCACUAGAAUUGGCUAGUUUAAGGAAUGGAAGCAAACGACAAAAUAUGAGUGCUGAGGGUGUUCAUGGCCUAAAUGGACUUUGGCCUGUAAAAUGCUUACAAAGUCCAUCCAUGUCUCCUACUGUUUCUCUUUUGGACUUUCGAACUGCUAUGGAGUUGAAUCCACAAGUACUUGGAGAAGAUUGGCCAACGCAGCUCGAGAAGGUCUGCCUUCAAGAGUUUGAAAGUGGGGUUAGUGAUUAGUUUGGAGAAGACAUGGUGGGGUAAAAUAUGUUUUUGAUAGGAACGAGGUGCUGCUUUGUUGAUAGAAUAACCUCUAACAUUGAUUUAAACCUCAGUAGAUUUAUCAGCAGUGAUCCAGUGUAAAAUUGCCGGGAAUUUUUGGAUUAAAUCGAUUCCAUUGUAUAUACAACAUCAAAAUAGUAUGUAGCAGGAUUAUUGUUGGGGACAUGGGGGUGAUGAGAUAUAAAUAGGAAAAUCAUUGUAAGAUUUUUGUUACUAAUACUAUUUGGGGCUCUCUGAAUAAUACAAGUGUCUGAUUCUUCCCACUUUUGUUCAA